CGCCAAUUCCCGGUGUCUUGUUUCGUUAUUCUCAUUUAAGUAGUCUCUUUUAUUAGUUUUCGCUGUCGAGAGAAUUGACGCAAGAGUUUUCUUUUACACUUUCUCAAUCGCGGUGACUGGUAGGGAUGUCGAAGUACACAUGCAUGAGGCCUGCUGGCAUGUCCGAUGAGGACGACGACGAGGACGAUGAUGUCUUCUAUCCUCUCGAAGAGAAAAAGUCUACUGUCGAAAAAUAUAAUUAUACUUCAUGGAAGGAAAAAACAGAAACAGUCAAUUUCGUGGAUCGCACCUAUGAAGAUUGCCUUAUGAAAGCAUGUAUGAUGGGACAGUUGAAAACGAUACAGGAAUAUCUCGAACAAAAACAUGAUGUUGAUAAAUUCCUGUAUACCGGAUGGACCUUAUUAUUGUACGCAAUUUCAUCUGUGGAACCAGAAAUAGUAGAAUAUCUUUUAACACAUGGUGCAAACCCAAAUAAACAUAAAGAUGGAUUUACACCUCUUAUGGCACUGUGUAAUUCUACAAAGGGAACAAAAACAAAUUUUUUGAAAUGCCUUGAGCUUUUAAUAGAAGCAAAAGCUGAUGCAAAUGCUACAAAUAAGCGAAAGGAAACUGCUCUAAUGUACGCCUGUAUGUCAAAGGAUGCGGAUUUUGUCUUUGAGCUUAUAAAAUACGUAAAGAACAUUGAUGCUUACGACAGCGAUGGGAAAACGGUAUUGAUGUAUGCCACUUCAGCUAAUAAACUUGAUAACGUCAAAAUUCUUUUGGCGCAUAAUGCGAAUACUUCGUUGACAGAUACACACAGUUUAUCUGCCAGAGAUAUUGCAGAUGCAAAAGGAUUCUCAGCGAUAUCUGCUCUGUUGGAUGAAGAUGAAGAAGAGGUGCAAACACUUUACGAGAUAACUGAGAUAUUAACUUGGAAAGAUUUAUUUCCAAAUUUAUAUCCUAGAAAAAAAGAAUUUUUAGAUUAUGAUAUAUCGGUGAUGUUAUAUGGAAUGGGUUUGGAAAAAUAUAGCAAUUUAUUUCAAGGAAUGGAUAUUAAAACUUUUUUGCAAUUGACAGAAGAGGAUCUUUGUCGCCUAGGAGUAGAUAUUACUGUUCAUAGAGAUCAAUUCUUAGAAAAUCUUGAAAAAUUUCAUAACAGGAGAUGGCUUAUAAACAGUUUUGGCAAACUUAGGAAAACUGAUUCAUAUACAAUUUAUGACGGCGUAAUAUCAUUAAUAAAUGCAAAAAAGCAGAUUGGCGUGAUAGCUUCUAGUUUCCAGUACAUUAAAAAUAAUUUGCUGAAAGCUGCAAACGAAAAUAUCAUUUUGUCUUCUGAAAAAAGAAUAGAAUAUGGAGAAGAACUGAAAAAAACGCAAAAAACUUUGAAACUUCUAAAAAACGAGAUAAUACAAGUUAAAAAACUAGCUCAAGAGAUCGAUAAGGAAAAUAAUAUCGGUGUACCGGCUAUUUGGAUUAGUCCCAAGAGUACCAAAUCGAGUUGGACUAUAACAAUAAGCAUUACAUUAAUGGUAGGACUAUACUUGUGUAAAAGAAUGUAUGUUCAAAGAUUAUGGGAUAUAUGUAACAUUAAAAUAUUUUCAAUGCUUCGUUUUCGAACGAGUUAA